AUGACGAGUCUGAGGAAGAUACUUCAUCUCAAUGAUGACCGCUCGUCCUUGCCAUUGCCAUCCCCGUCUCCCCACAAUAAAAGGGAUCCCGCACCCGCGACCUCGGGCAGCGAGACACCCAAUGACGCCGUGAAGGAGUACGUCGACAAGCCUUCUUCACUCCCGGGUUCCGAGAGAAAGGAUAUCAACCAGGCCUCUCCCGCUGGCCACGCAAAUACAAAGCGUGGCUCAUCCCCGCGGCCGGUCGAGUCGACCACCUCGAUCUCGCAGCCAGAUCCAUCAGGGGCUACAGAUCCAAGGCCAUCCAGCGCUCCCAAGUCGGACUUAUCCUCAUCAUCAUCAUCCUCAUCAAGACCUUCUUCAACCUCGGCAUCCUCCUCAACCCCCUCUCAGUCAGCCGCUUUGUCUCAGUCUCAGUCUCAGUCAGUGUCUGCUAGCUCCCGACAGUCUACCCGGGAUAAGACCAGCAACACCAUGAACAACCCAGUGGGGUUUUUCCAACUUUCGCCCUUCCCGCCAGCGGGCCUUCAAAGGCCCUUCCACCCUCAUAUCAACCAUGCCAACAUCCCCAUCAAGCUCACUCCCAAGACCAGGCGGAUAAGCAAGGCCCAAAAGGGAUUGCCGGUUCAUGUCUGCGACCUGUGCAAUCCGCCCAAGACAUUCACCCGGGCAGAGCAUCUCAGACGUCACCAGCUUAGCCAUGGUAAACCACAGUUUCAGUGCCCUGGCUGUGACAGGGCGUUCCAUCGGAGAGACCUCCUCGAUAGGCAUAAGCUGAGGCAUGAGCAAGAGGGUCAAAGUGCCCAAACAGCAGAAUCGGCACAGCACGGCUCGCCUUCUUCUCCUACUCCUACUACUACUACUACUACUACUACUACUACUACUACUACUACUACGACAACUCAGACCCAGCAGCGGUCGCCGUGUGAAUCUAUUUCGGGAUUAAGCCCCUCGCCAUCUACAACGGCCCCUCCUACCCCUAACCCAAAUGUUGCCGCCCAGGCCGGCUUCUCACAGCCUGUGAACAUCUCGGGUCCUUCCCAACAGCGUGGCGUGGGCUCCGGUCCGAGGAGCCGCAGGAAUUCUUCUCAGCAAGCUCAGAACACCUACCCUGUCUCAUCUCCGAGCAUUCCCAUCAUGAGUCCUACUCCGCCAACCUCUCUGUCACCUACGCUGCCGGGAAACAUGAGUCAGUUCCCGUCCGCUUCCCGCCCGUCACCUCCCGCUAUCUACGUAGUUACGCAAGGCAUCUCAGUUCAGCCGGCCGAGUUGCCCGAUCUCCAAAGUUCGGCAUCAUCGGCGUGGCCCUCAUCAGCCACCGACAGCACUUUCUCCACCCCGGUGUCUGAUAUCGGCAGAAACGCCCGUUGGCAUCGGGGACACCCGUCGCCUACUGUUAGCGAGUGGUCUUCAUCACAGCGUCUUUCUCCUUACCCUCCUCCGACACCACGGCGGAUCCAUAGUCAGAGCCCGGCCCCGUCUGCCAUGGGAGACACCCUGCGGUCACCCAUAUUCGCCGGCUCCCCCUUCCCUGGAGCACAGCAACCGUCUGAGCCAUGUACUUUUAGUAACGGCAUGCUGAGCGUUCCGGCCCCCGUGGGAUUCGUUCCUUCCAACAGCCCCGGGAACCCUAGUUCUCAGCAGCCGUCCGUUGUUGAGAUCCCUUACCGGCCUCAGCAUCGACAUAGCGAUUCCGUUUCUACCACACGGACCCAGACCUCUCCUAUGGGCACCGCUCAGCCAGGAGAAACUGCGCUGGUCACUACCCCUGCGGUUCCUGCUCAGCUCGAUCCAAUGGCUGGCUUGGACCGUCGGAAAAGUGUCAUGGUUGACACCGACCAGAUGGGUCUUGGUAUUCUGAGCGGCCUGGCCAUCAGCUACGGCACCUCUGGCAACGGGUUGGCAAACCCAGCGGUUGAUCAGUCCAGCCAAGUCAACGUUUCUGUCAAUGUUGACAUGGACAUCAACCUGAACAACGGCAGCUGCAGCGGGGAGUAUGCCGUUACCAUGCCUCUCUCGUCACCAUCGGCGAUGAGCCAACUGUCCGAAACCGUCCGCAAGGACAUCCCCCGCUAUGUGGGCGAAUACUGGAACCUCGUGGACCCGAUGCUUCCUCUCGUCCAUCGGCUUUCGUACGAAGCGGCACCCGAGGACGCCCUGACAUGCGCCAUGGCAGCUGUCGCAACGCAGUACCUCGAUAACAAGGACGACCGCCAAAAGGGGACCCAGCUGCACGACGUUGCCCAGCAGGAAAUCAAGCGGAUCCCUCAAUGGACCCUCCAGACCAUGCAAGCCAUCCUCCUGUGCGAAUACUUCUCCCGCUUCCGCGGCCGCAAGGCCGUCUCGGAGCCAUCCAAUCGCUUCAAGUCACUUUAUGGGAGGGUGAGUGCCGCACGCUCCUCAUCGUCAUGUCUUUCGCCCUCUUCUUCUAUCUAUGGCGGCAAUGCUAUCAUCGACUCCAAUGCCUGGACACCCGUCUCGUCUCCUGCCUCUCCUGUCCCUUCUGUUUUCGAGGGAGGGUCCUUGUCUAUGUCUACCACCCCUACUAUGUCGCCCAUUGCCCUGCGCCAUCUGAGUCCUCUUCCGGGCAUGCCCUGGGAUGGGCUUGGGUCGUCGCGGCGAUCUGUUUCUUCUGGUGCUUCUUCUCCUUUGGCUCCGUUUCCUCCAACCUUUGAGCUGCCUAUCCGUCGUCGGCGUAGCAGCACUUUUAAUUAUAAUCUUAAUGUUCCCGCUUCAUCUCUUUCUUCGCACUUUCGCUCUCGGUCUCAGUCCUCGUUAACCUCAUCUUGGUCUUCUUCUUCUUCUUCUUCUUCUUCUUCUUCUUCUUCCUUCUUCUUCUUCUUCUUCUUCCUUCUUCUUCCGUUCCUUACGGCUUGUUUCACUCCCGCGACAACACCGGUUCUCUCUUCUUUUUCAGCCUCUUUCGCUUCACUUUCUCCUUCUCAGCCCUUCUUCCCCGGACAGUCAUGCUCACGGCCCGCCGGACAGGCCUGCGAUUCGUUUACGCCGGACGAUGUCAUGCCAAUCUUGAACCAGCCAUGCUUGUCUGUCCAGGACCGCUGGCAACGCUGGGUUGACAUCGAGUCGCGCCGUCGUAUCUUCGCCGUCUGCCUCUUCAUUGACGCCCAUACCGCCAUCUACCACGAACAGCAGUUUCGCAUGUACGACUGUCAGCCUGAUCGUCCUGGCGCUUUUCGGAACAUCCCUCUCUUCACCCGUAGUUCUCACUUGUGGGCUUCCCGGACCGCAGACGAGUGGGCGGCCGAGGUUGCCGCUGACCCGUCCCUCCUCAUGCCCGAGACCCUCCCCUCUCUCGAGCAACUCACAACCGAGUCUGUCGACGGCUGCACGCCCCUCGACCGUCUCACCAUCCUCAGCGUCAGCGCUCUUAGCUUACCCCGCCGCCGUCCCGUCAUCCCCAACACCAACUCCCUCUCCACAGCCAGCUCCCCUGCCCCGGAGAUGAUAGACCCCUCCCACCCCCCUUCAUCAUCUGACCCAACUGCCCACCUCACCUUGGCUCAAACCCUUGCCUCGCUCUCCCACUCCGUGCAAUCCCUCGACGCCGAAGCCCUCCUCCUCCGCCUUUUCCCCCAUUGCCCCAUCGUCUACACAUACCUUGCCCUGCACCACACCCCGUUGCGCGACCUCCUCGCUGUGGCGGGCAACAGCUGGGUGUUUGCUCAGAAACUGCUCUCCGAGUCGGCGUUUCUCGAGGCCCAGCGUCGUGUCACGGCCUGGGCGGCGGCGGUGGGGCAUGAGACGGGGGUCGUUGGUGCCGGGGAGGGGAAGAGCGCGGUUAAGGCUGUGGGGUAUGCGGCGCGGGCAUUACUUGGGUUUUUGGGGGAGGAUGGGAGGGGCAUGGUUGGGAGAGGGCCCAUGAAGCGUGUGCCGUGGGUGGCGGAUCUGGGGGAUUAUUGGGCGGUGUAUUGUUGCGCGUUGGUCUGUUGGGCCGUGGGGAGGGCUAUGGGGGGGCAUGGACAUGGGGGACAUCAACAACAGCAGUAUGGGGAGUUGCUUGCUGUGCAUGAUCCUGCGCAAUUCCAUUCCCUUUCUCCCGGAUCGCCUACGCUGUCCACGGGCCCCUCCUCAUCUUCCAUCGCUACCCCCUCAGCGUCAGCCAGCGCUAUGGACACAGACGACGACCCUGCCCUUGACGAAUCCCCGCUGUCUGAACAAGAACAGUCCGCCCUCCUCUUCCUGCGGACCGUCGCCUCUUCUUUCCCCUCCCCCCACGACGGUAUCGACCGUUCUGCGUUGUCCUGGCCCUCCGCAGUCGCAGCCGCCGGGAUAGAUAUGCGAGAUGCAACCCUCGGCGUGGUGGCACUGGUCAGACGUCGGCUGAAGGCAGACUGUUUGUGUCCCAGCAGCAGGCUGUUCUGGGAUGCGGUUGAGAAGGUGCUAGUUAGGUUGGAGAAGGGGGGUGGUGAGGGGGUUGGGGUACAUGGGUUAAGGGCUUGA